AUGCCUGUGCUCACAGUGACUAUGGGAGGAAUAAACGAGGAAAGAGCAAUCGAGGCAGGUGUGAACAAGGCAGGAGCUAUCAAGGAAGGAGCUAUCAAGGAAGGAGCUAUCAAGGAAGGAGCUAUCAAGGAAGGAGCUAUCAAGGAAGGAGCCAUCAAGGAAGGAGCCAUCAAAUUAAGCUUGAUAACGGCAGGAGUGAUCAAGGAAGAUCCGCUUGAGGAAGGCAUGCUCGAGGAAGGCGUGGUCGAAGCAAUCAGGAUAGGUGCCAGUGGUAGCACGCGACGAGAGCGAUCAGAAGAGUGCUUGAUCAAGGGGUGGGAGAUCGGUCAAGCACACAGCAGACUGGGGAAGGAUAACAAUGGUAUCGUGUAG